AUGAAUCCCAACGAGCUUUCCUGGCCUACGAGGCACCUUCACACGAGCACCAGGAACGGAUCAACAUGGGGCUAUGUCAUUUACCUCACCACAUAUACUCCCCGUUCCAAAACCGCCUUCCUCCAAAUCGUCGAUCUUCUCAACUCCUACAUAAAAGAUGGAUUAUACUCUGACUGCGUCUCGGGAAACAACACAACGAAUAAAGACCUCACUUCAUGUCACGAGAUCUGGGCUCAGCACCGUUCAAUCAUCAUGAACCAUCCAAAAUUCGAUGGAGCAUCAAUAGACUCAAUUCGCACUCAUUUCAGACUCUGGGUUGAGUCACAGGAGGAGCAAGGUCUCUCUACUCAGUAUCGCAUGUGCAUGGUGAUCGACGAAGAGUCUUUACAGACGUUACUGGAUGCUCCGCCGCCCCAAGAUUGCUCGGAUAAAUUGAUGAUUGAUCCCACGCGACAUGUGAAAGUGGUACCAUUACAUCUGAAUAAUGAUGGUGACGAUGGAUUUGAUGGUUUCUUGGGUGGAUAG